AUGGACGCAACCAGCGCUAUCAACAAGCUUCGUCAGGGCCAGAAGCCGGAAUUCCCCUCCAAUGCGGACACACUCGACUUUGCACAAUCUCUAGACAACAGCAAUGAGGAUAUCCUGAAGACAUUCCGGAAAGAGUUCCUAGUGCCUACAAAAGCCCAAGUUGGACGCAAAACACUAGCAGACGAUGAAAAGACAGCAGCAUCAGCAUCAGGCCCCGAAGAUGAGAGCAUCUACUUCUGUGGCAACUCCCUUGGUCUCCAACCCAAAGCGGUAGGCGAACACUUGAACGCGUACCUCAAAACAUGGGGUUCCAUCGCCGUCGGAGGUCACUUUACAAAAUUCGAGGAUUCACCCCUAACACCGUACCAAGAUCUGGCCAACCUGUGCUCGGAGCGCAUGUGCGACAUUGUAGGCGCAAAAGCCAGUGAAAUCGUCGCCAUGAACACAUUGACUAUCAACCUACACCUCAUGCUGGCCGCGUUCUACAAGCCCACGGACAAGAAACACAAGAUCAUGUGCGAAUGGCGACCAUUCCCCAGCGACUGGUACGUCAUCGAGUCUCAAAUCGAAUGGCAUGGACGCGAUCCCAAGACGUCCAUGUUGACCGUCGCGCCAGACGAGGGCUACAUAAUGACGACGGCCAACAUCAUGCGCAUCAUCGACGAGAACGUCGACGAACUGGCCCUCAUCCUGCUCCCAGGCAUCCAAUACUACACAGGCCAGCUCCUCGACAUCCCCACCAUCACCGCCCACGCGCGCAAACACAACAUCACCAUCGGCUGGGACCUGGCGCACGCUGCGGGCAACGUCGAGCUGAAGCUGCACGACUGGGACGUCGACUUUGCCUGCUGGUGCACGUACAAGUACAUGAACUCCGGCGCCGGCGCCGUGGCCGCCGCUUUUGUGCACGAGAAGCACGGCGACAACGGGCGCAACGUCGGGCUAAAGGGCUGGUACGGCCACGACAAGAGCUCGCGCUUCCUCAUGGACAACAACUUCAAGCCCACACCUGGCGCCCAGGGCUUCCAGGUCUCAAACCCUAGUAUCGUCGACCUCACGUGUCUUGCGGGCUCACUGAGCGUCUUCUCGAAAACAAAAAUGGCGGAUUUGAGGUCAAAGAGUCUGCUUCUUACGGCUUAUGCUGAACACCUCCUCGCGGAAAUCGCGUCCCGCAAUACUAAGGAUGGGGAGGCGCCGAUUAAGAUUAUCUCCCCGUCGGACCCGCGCUUCCGCGGUGCGCAGCUCAGCGUUCUGCUGCAGGAAGAUCUCAUGGAGGAUGUGAGCGCGGCGCUUGAGAAGAACAGUGUGAUUUGCGACAAGAGGAAGCCAGGCAUCAUUCGUGUGGCGCCGGCGCCGCUGUACAACACAUUUAGCGAUGUGUGCAGGUUUAUGCAGAUCUUCGAGCAGGCGUUGAAGCCGAAGAGUGAUGCGCAGCCAUGA